GGGCCGGGCCAGCCGCGGGGAGCGGCCCGCCCGCUCGGGCCCGGAGUCUCGGCCGUGCCGGCGCUGCCGCCGAGCGGAGCGUUGCUUCCUCCUUCCCGUUCCUUCCCCUCGCCGGGGCCGGCGCCAUGGCCGGGGGCGCUGGGCCUGCCGCUCCCUGACACCCGCCCGCCCGCGGAGGCUGCUGCCAGCGGGGCUCCUCCGGGCAUCGGAAGGGAGAGUGAAUUGCCUUUGCCCCGGGCGGAGCUGCCCCGUUCUCCUGGAGCCCGGGAAGGAAGGACUGCAAAGGGAACCUCUGGACGUUUCAUGUUUCGUCAGCCCGGCAGAAUUUUGGCUUUGAUUCCGUCUUGCUCUUACCUGUUCCCGGAGAAGAGGCACCGUCCCGCCAUGUCUCGCUACAGCCUCCAAAACCUCCUGGACUGGAUGUAUGGGGGGGUGGACCCCAGCUUUGCCGGCAAUGGAGGGCCAGAAUGCGCUGCCUUUCUCUCGGGGAAGCAGCGCUUGCUGGAGAGUUUGGUCUUCCUCAGCGUAGGCAUCGUGGAGAUCCUCCUGUCCUUGGGGAAGCUCAGGCAUCUGCACCUCAGGGAGCUGGAGAAUCUGCUGCAGCAGCCCCAGACUAAGCAGGAGAGCUUGGGCAAGAACGUGCUGCUGGUGCUACUCUGCCUCAUCUUUGGGCUGGAGGUGGGGUUCAAGUUUGCCACCAGGACUGUCAUUUACCUCCUGAAUCCCUGCCAUGUGGUCACCAUGAUGCAGAUUUUUCUUCUCGCCUGUCCCCCAUGUCGGACUGCAAUGAUUCUCGUCAGGUUGCAGAUGCAUAUGCUGAACGGGGCCCUGUUGGCAUUGCUGUUUCCUGUUGUUAAUACACGCCUGCUCCCAUUUGAAAUGGAAAUUUAUUAUAUCCAGCAUGUGAUGCUUUACGUUGUGCCCAUCUAUCUGCUGCAGAAAGGAGGUAUCUACACUCCAGAACCACUCUGCAAUUUCUGGUGGGCUCUUUUAUCCACGGGGUUUAUGUUUGUGUAUCACUUUAGCAUCUUGCAGAUUCUGGGACUGGUUACAGAAGUGAAUUUGAACAACAUGUUGUGCCCAGCCGUCUCAGAUCCUUUUUACGGGCCCUGGUAUCGAGUCUGGGCGUGUGGACAUCAGACUGUCAUGACCAUGACCCAUGGGAAGCUUGUAAUCCUACUGUUUUACAGUGCUGGCCCCAUCUUUAAAUGUAGCAUGGACUUGCUCAGACUCCCAGCUAAGAAAAUAGACUGAAAUUUCUCCCCAUGGAGUCGUGCAGGAAGCAGAGACACCUAUACUGGAAAACCAGGAGGAGGGAUGAGAGGACAACGGCUUUAUACUUCUCCCCACAGUUUAUUGCCUCAGAAACACCUUUGUAAUCAAGUGAGGGGUUUUUUUUACCUGCUGUUUCUCACUGCCUAUUGCCAAUGGCAAAAUUAGUGGCCUUAUUCUGGGAAAGGUUUGUGUUUUAUACAUUUUGUAUAGAUUACAGUAGAAUCUUGCUAAGCCACCACUUAAAGUUAGGCCAGGACCUGUCCACAUUCCAGCAAAGAGAGUGGCAGUGCUACCUUGUUUUGACUUAUUUUCCAUUAAAUAUAAGUACAGUUCUAUCAUGGGAUAGGAAAGAAUGCAACACUCCAGUGAUGUGAAUGAACACAUGUUGAACCACAUCAUCCUGGCUUAACUCUUAGAACCUGAAUGUUCCAAAACAGCCACAGGAAACAAUGUUAAUCUCCCAGUUGUAAGUGCAAAGGAGUGAGGUUCUACUGUACUUUCUUUAAGCUGGUUGAAAAUGUUGGGGAACAAUAACUCAUUCAAACAAUACUUUUUUUGGUUUGUUUUUUAAAUCAACUACUUAAUUCUUAAGCUGCUGUGGAUAAAUAUCCAUCUAGUGAAGUCCCAUCAUAUCUUGAUGCUUUGGAGAUACGUUUAUUUGGAUGAAUGGAAAAAAAAUCAUGUUGAAAUAAUUUCAAAGACCAUGUUAUGUAUAAGCCAUGAUAAGAUAUUGCAUCCACUCUUCUGUUCAGACUUUGAACAAAAUGUUUUUUCACUUAGCUUAGACUGGAGAAGGAGUGGAGAUACAAAGUCCAUUGUAAAGAUCAGAGUUCUCUUUUUUUUACUUAGUAGCUUUUGAAACAUUCCUGCUCUGUCUACACUGCUCCUGGCUGAGUAGACUGGUUAAAAAAGGAACAAACUGAAACUGUUCUCUCCUUACAGCUCUUUUACAUUCUGUGUACCGAUUUUAAAAUACAGGUACAAACAGGAAUGUCAAAUCAGUGCAGGCCUCUACUGAAAAGAACAUGUUCCAGUUUACUGGUAAGAAUAAAUCUUCUGUCAACUUGUCUUUUGGAGAACAGGAUGUAGAUGGGCAGAAUGAUAAACAGUGAAGUGUGUACCAUUUUGCAAGGCUAGAGGAGAAACUGUUGGGCAGAAAGAUGGGAAAUCCUGAGUGUGUUCUUCCAGAACUGUGAGUCUGUGUCACAGGCUGUUGGGUUUCGAGGCUGCAGGUUUUUGUUGCACAGAAGUUUGUUGCAAUUUAUAGAUUCAUUGUGUUAUCAAAGCUGUGACUUGUAAGAUAAACCAAAACCACCAUACCUCCUUCAGCUGGAUCACCUGAAGGGAUGUUCUGAAGUUAGGGUACAGUCAUUUAUACCUCAGGAGGGAAAAGUAAGAACAAGAAGUGGUUGAUUUUGGGCUUUUUGUCUGUUUUCCUUAAAAAAGGAAAAUUUUCAUUGGCGAAGGAAGAAGUGACUACUUCAAAUAUUUUUAUUCUGUGAUUAAAAAAAGUACACCUCAAUCAGAAAUAUAUUGUCCCACAUUGAUUUACAGACUAGUUUUUGGUUUUCUUCCAUGCCUUGCUCUGUGUGUUUGUAUGUGUACUUAUAUAUACAUAUAUAUAUAUAUAUACACAUACAUACAAGAGAAUAGAUACAUGUAUGCUUACAAUUUGAGAACAUGCAGCAUAUACCUGAACUAUCCCUCAGGCAUAUACAGCUGGUGUGAGUUACACAGACUAUGUGGCUCCUCGUGUUUUUAAUUAGAAUUCAACUCAGAAGAUAAGCACCUGAUUUAACACAGAGUUCACUGUCACUCAGUGUUGGUACAUGAUGAAUUCCACUGUGGACUCUCCCUGCUGCCUCAGGAAAGCUGGGAAUAUCUUCUGAAGCGUUUGUGGAGCGGGGCCUAAAGAAAGAAUGUGUUGGCAUUGAAGGCCUGAAUCCAUCUGUGGAAGACCACUGGAUGAGCUGCUGAAGGGAUGGAAGUUCUUGCUGGUUGUUUCAGCAGAUUCAGUCCUUUGUGAUGAAAUACAGGACGUUGCUGGGAGAUGCCAAUACUGGAUGUUAAAGCCUGUCCCUUAUUAAUAUACUUCAUCCCCUGUACAGUGCUGAGCAAAAUACUAAUUCUUCCUAACCUGUAUCAUGGUUUAUUUAUUUACAUAAGAAUUCGGCAAAAUGCCUUAUGUUGGAUUCAAUUCUGUUUAGAAGGCAUAUUUGGUAUUACAAUAGAAUGAUUUUAGCCACAUUUUCCCAAAUACUAUUUAGCAUUAUUAUUUGUUUAACUUAAAGUUUUUUGUUUUUUUUUAAAAAAUCUUUCCUGUUUUUUAAAGAAUCUUUCCUUUUUUCCCCCUCAGAAUAUUGUAGUUACUAGAAACAUUUCUAUAGGUAGCAGUCUUUUUUUUUUUCUUUUUUAAACUAUAGCAUUUCCUAUUUAUAGUCAUAUGCUUCAGGGCAUUCCAAACAAGUAUAAAGCAGCUGCUGUUUGCCACCAUUGACUGCAUCUGGUCAAUUAAAACUGCAGGAGCAUUUAAAUGAGCUCAGGUGUCUCACCAGUGCAGGCUCUUUGCUUGGAAUGCAAAAUUUGUGAGCUCUUCUGGCUGACUUAAAAUUCAGUAUCAGGAAUGGCAGAGCUGACAUGAGGGAAAUCCCUGGGCAGUUUGGCUGAAGGGAUUCCUGGUGCAGUUGUACCUCUUGCACCACUGGCUGUGACAGCAGAGCCACUGAGUGGUCACUGCUGCCCUCCUUCCCACCCUGGAUCAGAGCUGGCUGGUGGUCACUGGGCUGACUUGUGCUUUUCCCUGUUAUGCUGGUCCAAAAAAACCUUUAAGAUCAUCAAGCCAACCAUUAACCCAGCACUGCCAAGCCCACCACUAACCCAUGUCCCCAAAUGCCACAUCUACCCAUCUUUUAAAUAUCUCCUGAGAUGGUGACUCCACCACUUCCCUAGGCAGCCUGUUUAAUGCUUGGCAACCCUUUUGGUGAAGAAAUUUUUCCUAAUAUCCAAUCUAAACCUCCCCGGGUGCAACUCGAGGCUGUUUCCUCCUGUCAUGUUGCUUAUUUCCCAGAAGAAGAGACUGACUCCCACCUGGCUACUGACAAAGUCCACCCUGAGCCUCCUCUUCUCCAGGCUGAGCCAACUCAGCUCCCACUCAUCAGACUUGUGCUCCAGACCCUUCAGCAGCUCUGUUGCUUUGUUUUGGAUGUGCUCCAGAGCCCCAAUGUCUUUCCUGUAGUGACAGGCCCAAAAGUCACAAUUAUUCCCUCCUUCCCUGUGCCCCUUUUUUGAAAGCUUUUAAAAAUAUUUCAUGUUUGGUGAUGGUGAGCCACCACAAGGAUCUGCAUCCACAGUUCCUUGAAAGAGAAGGGAGAGCAAGGCUGAGAGCGAGAGUGAGGCUCCACUGAAGGGAGGGGCAGGUCAGAAUGGGAGCAGAAAGGCAACAAACUUUUGAAGAAACCAUCAUUGAACUUCACAUCUUUUACCCUUUAUUCCUCAUCUGUCUCUGGUAUCUGUUGGGAAUGUGCAUCAGCCAGAGCUUGUUCCAUGUGCAUGCAGGAUAUAGGAAAGAAUGAGAAAGCUUCAGCUCUGUAACAGGUAUUUGUUGUUUUCCCUCACAGAGGCUGAUUUUUCGUUUCCCCUAAAGGUUUCUUUUAUAGGCACUUACACUAUACAGAUGAUUUCUUCGGUUGCUUUUAUGCUUAUUUAUGCUGGAAAUGAAAGAACAAAACUCUCCUGCUGCUCCUGGGAGGUAACUGCUUUCUCUGCUGGGGUAUUACGCACACAAUCUAUGUCAAGAUAACUUGAAGCUGUUGCCCGGUACCUGGUGCUGAGAUUUUACAGAGCUGCAGUGCCAUGUGCUAGUGAAAGGGUUGUCCUGGUCCUCCUGGCCAGGUGUGCCCCAGUCCUUUGUGGUGGCACUCACAGUUAUGGCAACACUGGCAAUAGGUGGGGGGCAGGAGUUGGGCUGAACAGCCACACCUGCUAUUCCCCAUAGCUGACGCUGAGUGUAAAAUCUCACCCCAAAGUGGGCUCAUUUACUGUCCAAGAGCAAGUUGGGCACAAUCCCAGAAAAAAAUCCUUGUGCAGUGUCGCUGCCUGGCCUUCACAGAGACACUGAUAUGUAUUAAGGGGUCUGAUCAGAGCCCUCUAAUUUUUAGUACUGUAGGCACUUCAAAAGAAACAAGGAGCAAGGAAACUGCUCCUGCUGCCACCGACUGGCUACAUUUCCCUCCAAGUGUACCCAUAAAUGGAGCAUUAUUAACUUUAAUAAACUUGUUUACUCAUGGGUUUGUUUAUCCAGCCCUCCAAAGCACAGAAGGGAGCCAGUAUCAUUUCUGCACCCACUACCUUGUGCCACAGCUUUAGCUGUCCAGGACCCCUGCAGUGCUAUUUUCCCAAGGACUCAGACACUGAACAGUGUCUGAGCUUUAUCUAUUCAUUUAUUCAUUUAGCUUCUUGCUAUUUAAGCACCAAAGGAGAAUUUGCGUCUUGUUUCUUUUGAAGGGUGAAAAUGAACCGUGCACGUAUAAACUGAUGAAAAGCCAGUCUAUGAACACGCACCUGGAGCUGGUUUUGGUUCAGCUUCUUACAGUUCAAAAAUGCUGCUUAUAGGCAAAGCCUACGUGUGCUUGAGCAGCUGCUGCCUUGCCGACCUUGGGAGACAGGAAAAGUCAGUCCAUUUGCAAAUCUUGAGGUGAGAGAGUACCUAAUUAUAAUUUCUCUUCCUGGCCACAAUCAGGGUUUUGAUAGUUGUGUAUAUUUGAUAUCAUUUUGUAAAGCCCAAUUGUAUUUUCCUUUCAGAAAUGGUAUUUGCAACUGUUAAAUGACUGUACUUUUGUGUCUUAAGUCAUGCAUCUAAACCAGAAGCACUUGUUUUUCUAUGCAUCCAUAGCUAAUGGAAAAUAGAGUUGUGCUGUUUUCUUGUGUUGCAAUUGUUUCACUUGAGGUGGUUUCUUAGGAAUUAAAUUAGUCCUAAUUGUUAACAAAGCUCUGAAAAGGCCAAAAGCCAGGAAGAGGGCCCAUGUCAGCCCAGGUAGGAGGUGCAAGGUUUCUGCAGGCAGACAGGUCAGCUUUGAUUUUUUCAGUUUUAUGGUGACAAGACUCAUAAUCUGUUGAUUUUGUGAUCUUGUACUUUAAGUGAUAUUGCUGUAAAUCUGUCUUGCAGCUGUUGGUGUAACUUAGUCAAAGCCAAGCUGUUUUAUAAAUAAUUUUAUUUUUCUUCAGGGUCAAUUUUGUACUUUUUUUAAAUUAUUUCUGCAUUUACUGAGUCAUUAUCCCAAUGCUGCAGAGAACGCAGCAGGCAGACCAGUGAGCACUCCCUGCUCUCCCCAUCCACGCUGUGCCAGGGAGCUGGAGCUGGGCUGGACCACAAAGGGGUCUUUGGAAACUUGCAGAUCUGGUUACCCCACCCUCUAGUUCCAGCACAGCGUUAUCCAGGCACAGAAUGGUUUGGCAAGGGCAAGGGUGGACGUGGAUGGGCUCAACUGCCACAUAUGCUGUUAGUUCUGAAUAAUUUGUAAGAGUGUUAUGAAUUUUGUAAACUUUUUAAUGUGCUAAACCUUGGUUAUGAGGUAACUUUACAAAUACGGGGUAAUUUGUGUACUUGUUUUUGUAUUUUGGUCUGAUGAUGGGAUAUUUUUUUGUUGUUGUGCCCUAAGUACAGAUCAUUGGGCAAAUAGUUGUUAAACCUUUGAAUUAAAACAAAUAAAUGCAUUUUAAUGGA